AUGGCAGAUAUGGACAACAGAACAGACCAUUCUACCGGCAACAAGAAAACAACGAUCGACGACGAAGAUGGGUCACCCCUGCACCUCGGUGAUUCUAGUGACAGACGGCAAUCGAAUCACAAAGAGGCAGUCGCUCGGAGCUGCGACGAUGGUCGACCUGUAUCCUUGUCAACGAUGGUGGCACCAGAGAUCGUAGAAGUGGAAGUAACGGUCGGACUCGACACCGACGAUGGCAAGACGGAGGAGCAGUGGCAGUGGACUUCGAUCACAGUUUGGAGGUUCGAUCUCGGCGGCUCAAUACUUCCAACAAGAGCUUUGUGGCGUCAUCCAACGGUUGGGGACCUCAACGAAGGUGGUGGUGCGACGCCGGAGAUUGAAUGGGUGAGAGCGGUCGGUUAG